CUCCCAGUAGCUGAAAACGGAGAAAGUGAAACUUAACUCGGAUCUUUGGUGCGAGGGAGGGAGCCAUGGCUGCUUUUGAGGGUCACAUCCAGCGUCUCCGUGAUGAAGCCACUUGCUCCAUCUGCCUGGAUUACUUCAAGGAUCCAGUGACCAUCCCAGAGUGUGGGCACAACUUCUGCCGAUCCUGCUUGAUCCAGUGCUGGGGGGAAUCGGAGGCAGAGGCUUCCUGCCCUCAGUGCAGAGAAAGAGUCCAGAGAAGGAGCCUCAUCCCCAACCGGCAACUGGCAAACUUUGUAGAAAUAGCCCAGAAUCUCAGCCUUCAAGAGGGAAAGGAGGAAGGAGGGAAAGGAGGAGUCUGCGAGGAUCACCAGGAGCCCCUGAAACUCUUUUGCAAGGAGGAUGAAGCCCCCAUUUGUGUGGUGUGUGACAGAUCCAAGGAGCACAAACACCACGAGGUGAUUCCUCUGAAGGAGGCUUUUGAGGAAUACAAGGUAGGAGAUCCCUGGAUCUUGAGGGGGAGAAAUAGCUGUGGAUUUUUCUUGGGAGGUUUUCUUUUUAAUUCUCAGCUCCAAAGUAGGCACGGCAUGAAUUGGUGGUUGUUUAUUAUAUAAAAAGCAGCCCAGGGGAAGCCUGAGGGCUCGUGGGAUGACAGGGAGGAGGGAGUUGAAGUCCUUCUCUCUUCCAGGGGGACAAAGGGAUCUCCCUUGAUAUCCCUGAGUAGCAUCUGCAAAGACUAGGUAGAAGUCUGUAACCAAGGGGUGACCUAACUGGGUCCCUGAGCCCCACAGGGCUGGCACAGAAAAAAGGUAGCUGGUCCAGGGAGCCUUGGACCCAAAAAGGUUGAAAACCUCUCGACUUUUAUUUCCUCGAAAAAACUACUCUGCUAUUAUAGCAAGACCACUGGGCGCAAGAAGCCAGCACACUAUUCACCUCCUCUCUGUGUGUCUCAAUCAGACCUGAGUUUUCCCUUUUCUCUUUAGGGAGAGAUCUGUCGCCGCCUGGAGAUUCUGAGGAAAGAGAGAGAGGAAAUUCUGGCCCAUCAAGCAACCCUGGACAAGGAAAGCAAAGACCUCCUUGUAAGUGCCACUCUUAUUACUAGGGAGGGAACAAGCACUUGAAGAGUCAAGUCAGGACUGAGGAGGGAUGGGGAAAUCUGCCCAUUUCAACUUCUCCCCAUUUCUCCUUUUUCCAUAUCAGUUUGUUUUUUAAUUUUUUAUUCUGAAAAUGAAUCAGAUGUUAGGGUGGCUACCUCCUUGUAUAAAUAUGUUGAAAUGUACUUUACCCUCAUAAAUACAUUUUUUGUGAACAUUACCUGGCUUGUUCAACCUUGAAAAAUUAAGAGGUGUGAAUUUCAAAAGAUUGAUCUGUUUCAUUCUCCAUAUUUUUUCAGCAAUAGUAAAUUACGGGAGGUAAAUUCACUUUUGAAUGCAGCUAAUUUGAGUUUAUUUUCCAUUGUUGUUUAUUAUAUGAAUAGCAGUGAAGGAGAAGCCUGAGGACUUGUGAGCUGAGAGGGUGGAAGCAGUUCAGUUCAAAUCCUGAUUUACCAUCAAUAUUACUAAAGAACUGUCUUUCUAAAUGUGCGCUCUUGUUCAUCUUUAGGAAAUUCAGGGAGCUACGGGGAUAAACUCUGCACUUUCUCUUCAUCCUCCUCUGUUUCUGUUGCCUUCCUACACCUCAAUGGUCCCAGUCUAAACUGAGGGUGUUUUAUGUCCAUGGACGUUCUCUGAACAACUCUGAACUCUGGUUAUGCCAUUCCCCAAAUCAUGCAGGGAAUAUCCUGUGGGGAUGUUUAGGGAGGCAGGAGAAGAUAUAUUAUUUUAUUAUAUCCUUCAUAACUUUCGCCAGUGAAAUAUACUCAGAGUCGCAAAGUGAUUUCAUGCUCUUUAUUCAGCUCAUAGUGGUGAGGAGGAAUGAAUAAAUGUCCCCUCACAGUAUCUGCUUUAUAUACAUUAUUUACACAAUGGGCUGCACAUGAUUGGCUAAUUCUGGAAUUCUACUGUAAGCCAAUCAGGUUGUGGAUUCACUUCUAUCUGGAGCAGGAUUGGGUGGUUCCUGCCAACCAAUCAUACUGCUGCAUUGUUCUAGGACCAAUCAGACUGCUGCAUUCUGAAUCCUAUUGUUCUAGGACCAAUCCGACUGCUGCCUUUUGGAUCCUAUUGUUCUAGGACCAAUCAGACUGCUACAGUUUGGAUCCUAUUCAACUCAGUACAUAACACCCCUCCCCUCUAAGUUCCAGUCGUGCCCGGGAGGUCGCAUUCAUAGUCCUCAAGGUAUGCCGGCGGCCUACGUGUGCGUUGUGGCCUGGGGUGUUCCCUGGUCCGGGCUCCGGGUUCUGGCUCGUGUUCCAAGGAUGCUGGCUGUGAUGCGGCUGUUUGGUCUGGUGCAACCGGCUCGCUCAGUCGUGGUUCUGGUUCCGGUGUCCUUUCGGCCUCACGGGUCCUCUCUGUAUUUACUGAUUCUGCCUCUCCUGCUGGCCCCUCCUGCUCUAUGGGCCUCACUGCCCCGCUGUUCCCUUGGGACUCCUCUGACCUGUCCUCCUCCUGGUUUUCUCCCGGGAAUCGUCGCCGUAUCUGGUCGCAGUGGCGGCGCCAGCAUUGCCCCCAUCCGUUAGCACCUCGUACGACACGGGGCCAGUGACCCUGGUGAUUGUGGCGGGUACCCAUGCUGGGCCUGCCCCAAAAUUCUUUGCGUACACUGGGUCCUGGGCCUCGAAGGUCCGGGGUUCCUGCCUUCCCCACCACUACCUCAUCCUGAGCUCUAUCGGGGUGAAGGCGGUCCAAUCUGAUUGCAAGGCGCCGACCCAUUAGUAGUUCAGCGGGGCUCCGGCCAGUCGUUGAGCUGGGGGUGCUGUGCUGUGCUAGAAGGAAUGUGGCAAGGCGGUACUCCCAGUCCCCUUGCGUCAUGCGGCGAAGGGUGUCCUUGGUGGUCCGCACCAUGCGUUCUGCUUGGCCAUUGGUGGCAGGGUGGAACGGCGCCGAACGGAUGUGGCGGAUGGCGUUCUGCGCUGUGAAGGUUUGGAAUUCUCCUGACGUAAAUGCAGUCCCGUUGUCUGAGACGAGAGUGUCAGGGAGCCCGUGGGUUGCAAACAGCCUGCGUAGUACCCGGAUGGCUGCGGACGUGGAAGUGGACGGUACCAGUGCGACUUCCAGCCAUUUGGUGUAGGAGUCCACCACUAUGAAGAAUGUUUUCCCCUGAAAGGGGCCAGCGAAAUCCACAUGCAGGCGUGACCAUGGUGCUCGGGCGGACUCCCAGGACUGGACUGGGGCCCUUGGGGGAUCUGGGCGGGAUUCUUGGCAGGCCUGGCAGUGUUUGACCCAGGCCUCUAUCUCUCCAUCGAUCCCCGGCCACCACACAUAACUCCUGGCAAGGGCCUUCAUUCUUACUACCCCUGGAUGUGUCUCGUGUAGGGCUGUGAGGACCCUUUUGCAGAGGGGCUGGGGAACAACGACUCUGCUCCCCAUAACAGGCACCCCUUGUGGGCCGACAGUUCAUGUUUGCGGGUUGUGUAGCCGGCGAAUUCUGGCCCGGGGCUGCUGCUGGGCCAUCCCCUCCACACCCAGUCCAGGACCCGGGAGAUGACCCUAUCUUUCUUGGAAUGGUGUGCAACUUCUUGUGCCUGAAUGGGGCGGUCGGGAAGCAGCUCCAGGCUCAUAACCUCUUGUGCAGGUGCUGGGUCAGGGCCUGUUUCCAGUAGUGGUAGCCUGCUGAGGGCGUCCGCAUGGCCCAUCGCCUUCCCAGGUCUGUGAAUCAGUGCAUACUGGUAGCUGGCAAGGAAAAUUGACCACCUGAGGACGUGAGGAGACAGCACUUGGGGGGUCUGCUUUUCGGGGGCAAACAAGCCAAGCAACGGCUUGUGGUCAGUCACCACGGUGAAGGGCCGCCCGUACAAGAAAUCAUGGAAUUUUUUUACUCCCUUUACGAUUGCCAGACCCUCCUUGUCGAUUUGCGAGUAGUUCCGCUCGGUUGUGUUGAGUGUCUGGGAAAAGUACGCCACCGGUACCUCUCUUCCAUCCGGGAGUUGGUGCCCCAGGACAGCUCCAAUGCCAUAGGGUGAGGCGUCGCAUGCUAGCACCACCGGCAGCCUCUCGUCGAAGUGUGCCAAGACCGAGUUUGAGACAAGCAAGUCCUUGACUGCCUGGAAUGCGGCCUCCUGGCGCUGGCCCCACACCCAAGGGGCCCGCUUGUCCAGGAGUCUGUGUAGGGGCUCCGCUACCGCCGCCUUGUGGGGAAGGAAGGAAUGGUAAAAGUUCAAUAGUCCCAAGAAGGCCUGAAGUUCAGUCUUGCUCUUGGGCGCUGGGGCAUCACAAAUGGCCCGUACCUUGUCCCCAGUCGGGUGGACCCCUUCUGCGUCCACCAUAAAUCCCAGAAAGUCCACCUGAGGCACUCCUAGUAGACAUUUUUCCCGCUUCACCUUGAGACCCGCCGUCUGGAAACGGUGCAGAACGGUGCGGAGGCGGUCCUCAAACUCCUCUGGUGUGGGGCCGGCAAUCAACACAUCAUCGAAGAAGGGGGUGACGCCAGGAAUCCCUUUAAGGAGAGAGUCCAUUAUAUUCUGGAAUAUGCCUGGUGCCACGCUGACACCGAAUUGCAGCCGCUUUACCCUGAACGCUCCUCUGUGCGUCACAAUCGUCUGUGCCUCUGCUGUGGCCUCAUCUACUGGCAGCUGUUGAUAUGCUUGGGCCAAGUCCAGCUUGCCAAAAAUUUUCGACCCAGCCAGGGUGGCCAGGACAUGGCUGACCACUGGCACUGGGUAUGCGUGGGCCGUGAGGGCCUUGUUUAUGGUACAUUUGUAGUCUGCGCAGAUGCGGACCGAACCAUUAGGCUUGACGGGUGUGACGAUUGGGGUUUCCCAGGGAGCAUUAGGCACCGGCUCCAGCACUCCUUGCUCUACGAGUCGGUCCAAUUCCUCGUCUAUACGGGGUUUCAAGGCGAACGGGACCCGGCGGGCCUUGAGCCUGACCGGUCGUACUGCGGGGUCAAGCUGUAGCGCAAUGGGGGGGCCCGUAUACUGUCCCAAUUUCCCAUCGAAAACCCCUGGAAAUUCCUUGCAUAUGGCGUCCACGUCCACUUGUAAGCUAGUGUGGUUCACCCCGGUGACAGCUAGCCCCAGUGGUCCAAACCAUGCCAAUCCCAGUAAGCUAAUGUAGGGGCCCUUGACCACAAGCAAGUCCAGUUGCCGCGUCCGCCCUCGGUAUUGCACCCUGAAGGUCCCCACCCCCAUUGUGGGGACCUUACGUUUCUGGAAGUCCCGGAGGGUGAAUGGGGCCGGCCUGAGUUUGGGACCCCCAGUGGGACACAGUUUCCUUAAGGUCCUUGCCGAGAUUAUGGAUAGAGUUGAACCCGUGUCAAGCUCCAUGCGGCAUGGGGCCCCUCUAUCUGUACCUCUACAUAAAUUUUCUCUACGUUGGGGUGGGGCAACUGGUAUACCUGGAAGUCCGUGAGCUCCGUCGAGUUGCCUUGGUGCGUUGGGCCCCGGGACCUGGGGCUCUUGGAUUGGUCAUCUGAUGCCUGGUGUCGGGUGGGCCGAGCCCGACACACCCGGGCGAUGUGUCCCGAUUUUCUGCACUGCCUGCACUCUGCGUUGCGGAAGCGGCAGGUCCUCCUCUCGUGACUCUCCCCGCAGCUUGCGCAGUUCCCUCCUUCUCGUCGAGGCAGCUGUGGUCUGUGCGCUGCUUGAGUGCGCUGCUGUACUCGGUGCACCUCCUCCCUGUCGGAUCCUGAGUCGUCGGUGAGGUCUUCAUGGUGGACCCUCGGUUGGGAUGGCAGGCUCGGCCGUGCCUCUUGGGUCGACCUCUCGGCAGCUUCUGUUGCCAGGGCCUCCUCCAGAGCGACCUGGAACGUUAGGUCCUUCUUAGCGUAGAGGCGCCGUUGCAGCUUCUCAUCCUUUAGGCCACCGACGAGGCGGUCACGAAGCAUGUUCUCCAGCUCUGAGAAGUUGCAGAACCGGGUGGCUUGGCGGAGAGAGGUCACAAACCCAGUUAUGGUUUCCCCAGGGGCUUGCCGCUUUGCGUAGAAGGCAUUUCGACGAGCCACCACUGAGGGCUGCGGCGAAAAGUGCCCCUUCAGCUGUUCCAUUAUUGUUUUGUAUGGAACAGUAGCGACGUCUUCAGGCGCAAGGAGAGCCCGGGCGAUUUCAAACGUCUCCUCUCCGCAGACGCUGAAGAAUAUCGCCCUCUUCUUGGCGUCUUCUUCGUCGGUGACCCCUUUGGCUUCUAGGAGGAAGGUGAAACGGGAGGCGUACGCUUCCCAGUCUCCAGAUGCUGGUUUGAAUGGCGAGAAGCUGCUGUUGGCUGCCAUUCUGAGUUCCUUGUGCCCCGGAGCUGAAGCCUGGAUACACGGUGCGAGGCAGCGGUGCGGCAGUUGGCGGUGCUGCGGUGCUGUGUGUGGCAGUCAGCUCAGCGGGAUCCCACCUUCGUCGCCAGUGAAAUAUACUCAGAGUCGCAAAGUGAUUUCAUGCUCUUUAUUCAGCUCAUAGUGGUGAGGAGGAAUGAAUAAAUGUCCCCUCACAGUAUCUGCUUUAUAUACAUUAUUUACACAAUGGGCUGCACAUGAUUGGCUAAUUCUGGAAUUCUACUGUAAGCCAAUCAGGUUGUGGAUUCACUUCUAUCUGGAGCAGGAUUGGGUGGUUCCUGCCAACCAAUCAUACUGCUGCAUUGUUCUAGGACCAAUCAGACUGCUGCAUUCUGAAUCCUAUUGUUCUAGGACCAAUCCGACUGCUGCCUUUUGGAUCCUAUUGUUCUAGGACCAAUCAGACUGCUACAGUUUGGAUCCUAUUCAACUCAGUACAUAACAGCCAGCAAGUUCUAUAACUUAGCAGAGUUGUUAAAUAAUCCCCCUUUUAAAUAACACAGCGGUUAGCUAGUUGCAGGCUCAUCUGAGCCUCACUAUUAUGAUUCCUGGUUUCCUUAUUUUAUAUCCCUCCUAAAAGGAUAGACACGACCAUCUGAUUAAAGUUAUCAUAAAACUAGUUUACUUACAAUCAUCCAGUUCACAAUGAGAUUCCUGAAGGCAGGCUUAAUUUACAGAACAACAUAUAACUUUGUGAAUUAUCCCGUAAGAAAAAUAGUCUCAAGUGACUGUGACUGAGCAGUCACUUCUAACUCCUAGGAACACACAAUGGAGAAGACACAGAGCAGAACAUGGAGGCCGUGUGCUCCUCUCCCAAGAACAGGCCACACUCACAUUCACUCACAUGCAAAGGAAGUCUGUCUCAGCUCAGGAGGAACUAGCAAGUUUUCUCCUGAGUGAUACAAAGCAUUCCCCAGCAUGUGCAUUGUAGGACUGUUGUAUCUGACUGCAAUACGUUUUUACAUCCCACAUAUCCAUGGCUAGAAAACAAAUGCUCCUUCCUUUAAGCUUUAGACCUCUGAAAAAUAGAAGUCAACAGAAACAGCAAAGGAGAGGGCCACCCCUCAAAAUAAAGGUUUACUUCUUUAGCCACUGGAGGUUUCAUGUCUCUGAAAAAUCAGAAGUGUCCUCCCUGUGGAAUUCUCACUAUUCUCUUCCUGAUGUUUUGAAGGCUGAUCACCUUCCACACUCAGACGUCCUCUUUUCUUGCAGAAAUUAACAGAAACGGAGAGGCUGAAGACUGUGGAGAAGUUCAGAGAACUGCGCCAGUUCCUGGAAGAACAAGAAAAACGUCUGCUGACUCAUGUGAAAGAGGUGGAGAAGGAGAUUGCAGGGAGAAGGGAUGAGCAGCUGGCCAGACUCUCCAGGAAACUCUCCUCUCUUGAGAGGAUCAUCCAGGAGAUGGAGGAGAAGAGUCAGCAGCCAGCGAGUGAACUCCUGCAGGUAAGAUGGUGGCAGGAACAGCCCAAGGCUCCAGGAAAAGGCAGCCCCUUUCAUGUAUGCAAGGAGUGCAGGGACUCAGUUGAUGGAGCCUCUAGUCAGGUUUGUAAUGGACAGGAAGACCCAAGAGACCUGGGAUGCUUAACUCACCUGAAUGCAGACUAGAGAUUCGUCUGUGUUCUUGAUGGAACGGGAGCUGAUCUUCUGCUCUUUGCUGAUGCUUUGUCUCCGAACGCCUUUCAGUUGUGGGGGGCUUCGUCUGGGAUGCGUUCAGGCCUCCUUCCGACAUGAGCCAGUCUCUUGGCCAAGCUUCUCUUCCCUUUCCCUCCACAACUUCUGGGUUGAUCCCCUUCUCCAUGGAUACAGAUCGACCCAGAAUGUUGCUUAGUCACAGUGACCAAAGAGCAAGACAGAGGGACUCAUCCAGACUGCUGCUUGUCCCACCCCUUUCCUCCAGGAAAACCCGCUCUUUACUGCUGAAUUAGAGCAAACCUCAGCCAGGUUUUCUCUGGAUUGAUGUUUGCUUCAAUGUUGAACUAAGGAGCAGGUUUUUCCUGAGGUAAAGCAGCAGGGCAAAGGCAAAACCACUUGGACCUGUGUUUUCUGGGCACAGGAAAAGCAGAAGUGUGGAUGACCCUAAAGAAACACGGAAUUGUUUUAUUACCCCUUUGGAGGCAUUUUAUGCUGCAGGUGCAGUUUUUUUAAUUUCCAGAUGGAAAAUAGAAUUUGAAAUUUGGGGACUAGGACAGUGCCCUGGCAGGAUUAUCCUGUAGGCUUAUGUUUGUCUGAAUAGCACAAUGCAAACUGGAUUAAAGUUAUUAAAAUAUGGAAAUGGGGAGAACUUGAAAUCAGAACAGUUAAUAAUUUCAGACUGGAAAAAUAAAAGCUGUGAGAAACCAAAACUGGCUGAUUCCGCCAUCCCUCCCCAAAACCUUGGCAUGUGCCAGGCAGACUGACAUCUGAGGGCCAGGGUCUGAGGGGGUCUUCCUAGUGUGGCCUGUGGUGUGCAGUGAAUUCCCUUCUCUUUUCCCUCUAGGAUGUGAGAAGGACCUUGCAGAGGUAAGUGGAUCUGGCUCAUUUCCAUUAGCAUCACUCUUUGAAGCUGAGAUGCCAGAACCUCAGACAUGGCCCUCCAGGGGCUGCAGGGGGGAGACUGUGGGACUCACUCCCUGCAGCACCUCACAGGUAAAAGUAGAGCCCCCUCUUCUGAACUUGUGGCCCCCCAAUUCUCCCUCCAAGGUUCAAGGUCAGCUGCCUCCUUCCUCCCUCCCCACAUCACUUCACAAAGGGAUGGGGGCUCUUUUCUUUCUCUUGCACUUUCUGUUCAUGGACUUUUUGAUAAUUGCAAACAUCUAGAAGAGAAAGUCCCAAAGAUGCUUUGGAAGAGCUUAGGACAUAUUUCAGUGUCCAACUAGAAGCCCCUCAACUCUGGUAACUCAGCCCCUUUGAGGCACUAAGGGAGGGACGGUCUGUUGGUCUACAAUAGGUGGGUUCUUUUUCUUGGGAGCGUUUCCACUGUGAGAAGCUGAAGGUGGUCUUGAGUGGGGGGUCUAGUUGUUUCCUGCCUCUGGAGGGAGAGUCCAAUGGGGCAUGGGGUUGUGCCCUUCCUGGGUGAGAGAGGGGGUGAAGGGAGGGUGGAGGUUGUUCUCCUUGACCACUUGGCAGCUUUGGACAUCACUCACAUCCUCUGGAGAAGCUCAGGGAGGGAGGGAGGGAGUGCAGGCAUUCCACCUCAGGGGUUUGGUUCUUAAGUCCUGGCACCUUCCCAGAAAGUUGUUACGGGAUAGCAUCAUUGGAAGCUCUCCGGUGGUGUCGCUUGGGGUUACAUCUUGUCCCUUGUGCUGUUUAGCAUCCUUAUGAAGCCACUGACAGCUGUCCUCAGGGGUUUUGGACUGAGGUCUCAUCUGUGGUGGAAAUAAACCUGGUGGGAAAUAAACUUCCACUUUGUUCGUCUUAUUGAAAUCACCUGCAAUAAUUAGGGAGAUGGGGCCACAAUAGGGCCAUUCAGUGUUUUUCUUUUCACCAGGUAUGAGGAAAGAGAGAGUCCGGAGAAGCCACUGGCUUUCCCUUCAAAACUGAGGAGCAGGAUCUUGGAAUCCUGUGAUCUAAAUCACCUUGUGAAGAAUACAAUGAAACAAUGGAAAGGUAAUGAAAACUGGCUGCCAGGAUUUCACACUGGGAAUUCUGUUACUUCUUCAGAACUGGACAUGCCAGGCUCUUAUUGCAUGGAAUUGAGUAACCCCAGGAUACCUUCCUUCUUGGUGCUCCAGCCUUCAUUUCCUGUCCCCCAGAAUGGCCCAUGUAUAUUGUGACGCUGGAUCCUGUAAAGAAAGCCUGAACCAGAGUGUAGAGCAAAGUCAGGUUUUUUUCAUCCAAUGUGCAUCUGUUUAUAAUUAUAUGGAACCACCUUUUCCUUGUGGUUCCCUGUCUGCACAAUCUGAGUUUGUCCUUUUGGAGGUUCUCCUGCUCUGAAUGGAGUCAAAGGGCAUUAAGAAGCCCCCAGUUCCCCCUAUGCCUCCUGCUCAGGCUUCUUUCUCAGCCGUGGAGCCAAGGCCUGAGCCGUCUCCUCCUCAGACGUCCCCCUGCAGCUGCCAUAUCUAUGGCUUUGGCCUUCAAGAUCUCCUGAGAGUUCCCCCAUUGAGAGAGGAAGCAAGAGCACAUGAGCCCCAAAGGGCACAAUUAUGCUUGUUAACAACCUGAAAGAUUUGUAGAAGGUUUGUGAGGAAGGGCUUCCUUCUUCAUGAGAGCUUUGCCAAUCCUUCCUCAUCAACCUUCACUCCUCAUUAUGUUUCACAAUUUUGGCUUUAAUGAUUCCCCCCACCACUUUACUUGGGGAAGAUGUUAAGGCUGCCUCCAUCUCCCCUCUGCCUCCUUUUACGGGAUUCCUAUUGCCCUGCCUCUCCUCCAGUCCUCCAGUGUAGAGCCCAAUUUAGGGGCAAAGUUCAGAGACCAGCAAAAUUCAUGCUGAAUAUUUUUAUUCUCUUAUUUGUAAGCUUGCUUUAUGAUUGCUGAGGGUUUUUUUGGUUUGUUUUCUUAAAAGAUUUUUAUUAAAAGUUUCAACAUAACAAAUUAUCAAAAACAUAUCAUCCUCAUUCCCCCCCCCCAUUUCCCCCCUCCCUCACACCCGGACUUCCCUCAGCUCCUCUCUCUGGUUUCCCAACACAUAUUAUUCUCUGCAUUUUAUAAAAUGGUAAAGAUCCUUAAGCUAUCUAUCUAUUAUGUUAACAAUAAAAAAAAUGUGUAUGUUUAUUCAAAACCUGCCAAGGAGUCCAGUUCAUUUUGUUGUUUCUUUAAAUACUUUGUAAAAGGUUCCCAUUCUUCUUUAAAGUCACAGUUGUCCUUAUCACACAAUUUGUAUGUUAGUUUGCCAAUUCCGCAUAUUCCAUCAGUUUCCCUUUUGUCGGGGUUUCUUCAUUCUUCCAUCCUUGUGCUAUUAAGACGCUUGCCACCGUUGUCGCAUACAUAAGUAUUUUCUUCAUUUUCCUUGGCAGGUCUCUACCUACAAUCCCUAACAAAAAUGCUUCUGGCUUUUUUACAAAUGUUAAUUUGAACAUUUUCUUCAACUCAUUAUACAUCAUUUCCCAAAUUUUUAAAAUUUCUCUACAAUCCCACCACAUGUGAUAAAAAGUCCCUUCUUUUUCCUUGCAUUUCUAGCAUAUAUUUGACCCAGUUUUGUACAUUUUUGCAAUCUGUACUGGUGUAAUGUACCAUCUAUACAUCAUUUUCAUGUAGUUUUCUUUUAAAUGGGAACAACCUGUAAAUUUUAAAUCUGUUUUCCACAAUCUUUCCCAAUCUUCGUACUAUGAUUGCUGAGUUUUAAAGUUUUAGUUAUUUUCAUAGAUUCUUCCUAUGAUUUUCAUGUUUAUAAUUAUUUUUUGUACAAUUUAAUUAAUACUUAAUAAUUGUACUUGAAUUUAAGGAUGUUACUUUUGUAUGGAAAUUUAUUUCUGGUGGAAGAGUGUUGCCCUUACACUUUAUAUCUUUUUGCUUCCUCAGAUGCUCUGUUAUACAGAAAACCGAUUCAGAAAGGUAAAUUUCCAGGGGAGGAACAAUUUGACAGGAGGGGUGGGGACUGAUAUUUCAUGGGUGUUGAACCGUCUGUUCUGCAGACUUUGGGACCCCCAUCAAUGGCGUAACUCUGGGUAACAGUCCUCUACUGGUGUUUGGGUUCUUUGUCUGUCCCAUGAAUGAACUGGGAGGGAGGUUGAAGGCUUGGAUUGGGGGCAGAGCUUGUCUCUGAGAAGAACCGGCACACCAGUCGUCUGUUCCUUUCCUGCCUAUAAACUAUUAUCCUGAUUUCCCCCUUAAUUUUAUCAAUUUUGCUUUCUUUCAUAAAAUAUAUACUGCUUGUUUGUAGGGAAAAGCCUCAGAGCCAUACAAUAUAUUACGAAACCCCUUAGGGAGGAUCCUGCAGGGUCAGUCCAAUGUCCAUCUUGUCGAGUUCUCAUGUAUAAGGAAUAAGCGUGUUAAAAAGGGCACCCGCAAGCACCCAGUCCCUCCUCCACCUCCUGCCAGGCUGGUCUCCCAGUAGCAGAGCAAGGCCUGAGCUGCCUCUUCCUCAGUUUCAACCUCACCAGCCAUUUCUCGUGCUUCAGCCAUCCCAAUCUGUUCAGAGUUCCCACAAUUCUUUUGAGAUCAGCCCCAUUCCAUGAGGUAGGAGUUCCCAUUGCACAAGACUCUUGGAAUUACAGGGUAAAGCUCUGCCGAUUCUUCCUCUGCAAGUUGGUUUGUCAGCAUGCUUGGAAAUUCCAGUUUCAACAGCUUUUCCCCACCGGUUUACUUGGGGCAGAUGUUAAACCUUUCUUCAUCCAUCCAGUUCAGACCCCCAUUUCAUUUGUGGAUUUUGAAUGAUUGUAUUCCUCCAUUUUAUAGUAUGGUUUACCAUUGCUGAUUUUUCCAUAUAAUCAUGGAAUAGCGAAGUUUGAAAGGAUCCCAAGGAUCAUGUAGUCCAACCCCCUGCAAUGCAGGAAUUACAGCUAAACACGUUACCAUAUUUUUCGCUCUAUUGGAUGCACCCAACCAUAGGACGCACCUUGUUGGUUUUUUUAAAAUAAUAGUUUUUUAUUAAGUUUUCCAUUUUAACAAUCCAAUCAAAUCACAUUAAAUAUUCCAAAUUGUACAAAUACAUAUCAUAAAGUCCAAAUAUUUUGCCAAAUUAUAAAUUUUUGUUGGGGGUUCCCGUGCUUCAAGUUCAGUGGGGUCCAAUCAUCUUAUAUUUCUACUGCCUUAAGUUUCCAAUAGUCCCUUCUUUAAAUCUUCCUGUUGUUAUCCUUCUUUCUUUCAUAGCCUCUGAGUCGUGCAAUAAUAUGCUUCUGUGUGAACUUUGUGUGACUCUCCUUUUUUUUUUUUUGCAGCUGGUAAGUCUUUUACUUGCAGUAUGUCCUCACACGCUGGUGUUUAUGCCGAAUCCAUCCCAAAGUCCUUCUCUGGUGGCAGACACCAUCUUUUCCCAGUUCCCAUAAAAAAAACUAAGCAUUUGCUCAUUAAUUUUCUCAGACAGGUUGCACCAAACAUUAGUCUUUCCAGAGGAGGUUUGCCAAGUCAGACUUGAAGUACAGAUAUGAUAACAAAGUAAGAGCUUGCCUCCCCCUAUGACUAUUAAUCUCUGCAACUCAGUCUGUCUCAUAAUGGCAGAUCCCGAUUAAAUAGUGCGUCACAGGAAAGUCAUUUAUCUUCUUCCAAGUAUUUAAAAUAACAAAGGCUUCAGUUAGUAUUAUUAUUUCCACACAGUUUAUAUUUUCCGAUCUCACUUGCUAUAGGUAGUGUAGACGGUUCUUCUGGGGGGGCGUUAGGUAUUAUUGUAGUAGAAAAAGAAAAAGUUUUAUCCCCUCCGUUCCGUUCCAACAUACCGGCUCAGAUGUUAUUCUUUGAUGUUAUCUUCUUCCUUCCGUCACUCUUAGCACCUCAGUGGCUGUAGUUGGCAGAUUAAAUACCCUUUCUUCGCCCAAAGCAUGUACAAUCUUAAAUCCAAUUUUUAACCUUAAGAAAUGGAACUGGGAGUGCUCACGAAGACAGUGUCGAGGAGAUACGAGCUCUCUCGAGGGCUUUCCAUCCAGUGCCCCCACCCCCUCCUUUACGAACUCGGGGGUGGUUUGUGGGGAGGCGGAUGAGACUGCAUCUUCCCUUCCACCAGGAAGAAUUUGGGAGGCUGAUUACUCCCAUCUCAGCCUCUAAAUUACCUCGUGUGAGCUGGAGAGAUGGUACUGUCGGCCAUCUUCCAUGGUGUCCCUAGCGAAGCACCUUGUUUUAGAGGGGGAGAACAAGAAAAAAAUUCUCCCCCUCUCUGCUCAGCGCCCCUUCAGCGAAGACGCAGGAGAAACAGAGCCCCUUCCAUUUCUCCUCCCACUUGGCUGAAGGGGCGCUGCGCAGCUCUCCCUCUCUGCUGAAGCCAGGAGAGUCUUGGUCUGCAGGCUUCAAAAGCAAUGCGAAGCCUCUGGAGCGCGGAGGGAGCACUCCCUCUGCACUUCGGAGGCUUCGCAUUGCUAUCGCUGAAGCCAAGGAGCCUGCAUUCGCUCCAUAGGACGCACACACAUUCCCCUUAAUUUUUGGAGGGGAAAAAGUGCAUCCUAUAGAGCGAAAAAUACGGUAGUUGUUUUAAUUCCUUAGGCCUAGUGAUAUUACAUUCUCAGGAAUGUAAUUAACAGUUAACAUCACUACUUAGGCCUACAGCUGUCGUCUUUGCAAUUAUGUGUUCUAUGAUUUCAUCUUUUGCUUGAAAUAAGGAAACAAUAGAUGCUAUGUUAUGGUGAUGUUUUGUAAAAAAGAUUUAAUUGUUUUAGCUAUUGCAUUGUAGCCUGUUAAGCCUGUCUUUUUGCUUCCUCAGAUGUUCAGCCAUUCAGAAAUCUCCAGAGAGGUAAAUUUCACAUGGAGACCCCAAUUCACAGGAGGGGGCUAGUGUUUCAUGGGGGUCAAGAGUCUCUUCUGUACAGCUUGACUCUGGCCCUGCUGUUUGUACCACAAAGGCAGAGAGGGUGGACUUGAAGGUGCAGAAGGGGGGGGAGAGAAAAACUGCCCAGAAGGAUCAUAUAAAAGAGGGAAGAGUUUAAUUCCUGCCUAGAGAGAGUUGGGUUGCUUUUCCAUGUGACCUUUUUCAGGACUGGUUGCCACGUGUCCUCUUUUUCUCAGACAGGCCUUCUAUUUUCAUGAUUAAAAUUUCUCCCCGGGCGGAUUUUUAAAAUUUGGCAAAAUGUCUCAAGUUGUUUGGUUUGGUUUACAGUAACCCAUGAAAAAAAUUCUAGUGCAUUAGACUCAGAUCUAAGGCACCCAGCUAAGCUAGCCUAGAGCAGAGAAUCGCAACAGAGCAGCAUCUUCAGCUAGCCACAUCCUGUAUAAAACCCUUCUCUUGUGGCUGAACUAAAAGGACACUGGCUCAGCUACAAGAUCUUGGAGAAGGAAUCUGGGAGGGCAAGAGUUAACACCCCCCUGCCCUUAAGGAAAAUCCAUAUGUACAUGUUUAACAGUUUAAUAAAUUGUUCUGUGCACACUUGCGGUCACAAAGAUGUGAACACGAGCCCAAAUACUUUCAUGUGGCAAGUGAGGGAGCAAUAUGUAUUAUUAUUAUUCUUCUUUGGUUGUUGAAAGUUAAGAACAUUGCUACUAGCAGUAUAUCACAGCUUCGAAAGCCUACAUAGAGUAGGGGUAUUUAAAAUGAGAGUUGUCAUAGCGAUCCAUGGUUAAGAGUAGAAGUUGGCAAAUGUGUCCUCUUUUUUGUUCUUCAAAAUACGACAACCCUACACUUGCCUAUCAUGACUGUCUUAGCCCCUGACUGGUAACUUUCUGAGUUAUUCCCACUUUCCCUCAGGGAUCUAGUCUUAAGGUUUAUAUUAAAUCCAAAAGAGAAGCAUGGAUUAAGAAGUCCUUUGUAAAAUUCCCCUGCCAACUGCUCUCUCUUCCCUGGCGGCAAGCCCUAAACUUCCAACAUGGUAGGGAGGAAGGCAAGGAGAGAUCAAGCGGGUGAGAGAGAUGGAGAGCAGGAAUAAACAGGCUCCCCACUUAAUGCGAUUUUGACUUGUGGGCACGAGGGCCCAGAACAUGACCCCAGUGAAAGUGAGGAGAGGCCUAUAUGUGGUUUUAUGUUGUAUUUUUAUGCUGUGAACCACCCUGAGACCUAUGGAUGAAGGGCAGUAGGCAAAUAUUAUUAUUAUUAUUAUUAUUAUUAUUAUUAUUAUUAUUACAGGGGGGUCCUCAUAUCCCAACCCAGAGCUCCCCAAAGGCCAAUCCUCUCCUGCCUCCUCCAAUUCUCCUCUCUUUCCCCUUAGAUAACACAGAAGAGAUGAGUAAAAGGGUUCCUGGGUGGUUUUUCCUCUUAGAAAAUGCCUGGGAUGAGAGGAGGGCAGGCACAAUACACAUCGGAUAUAAGAAAGUGAAGAAAACUGAUUUAAAAACCAUCAAGGAAGAUAUUUAUUUAUUCUGAUCAGAGUCUGCAAGGAGUCGUCUCAGUCUUGCAUGCGAUGCAAAGAAAUCCCCUUGAUCUGAAAGGGAAUCUGGGUUUUUUGGGUGUUUUUUAUUUAUCAGGAUGUCCGUUUCUGUCUCUCAGCUGACUCUGCCUAUUCUUCUCUUUCCCUCAUCUUCUCCCCAACAGCAAAUGUCACUCUGGAUCCAGACACAGCCCAUCCUGAACUCAUCUUGUCCGAGGAUAGGAAAAGUGUGAGAUGGGGAGACAAACCUCAAGCCCUGCCUGAUAAUCCUGAGAGAUUCAGACGCUACUCUUGUGUGUUGGGACGUGAGGGAUUCACAGAAGGCAGACAUUUCUGGGAAGUCACUGUGGAAAGUGGGGAAUUGUGGGUUUUGGGGGUCGCCAGGAAGUCUGUGGAGAGAAAGGGCAUCUUCCCCUUAAGGCCUGAGAGAGGGAUCUGGGCUGUGGGGAAGUGGGGAGGGGGCUACUUGGCCUGCACCUCCCCUGAUGACUCUCCUCUGUCCCUGAGGGAGAAGCCCAGGAGGAUCCGGGUGACUCUGGACUAUGAAGGGGGACGUGUGUCUUUUUCUGACGCUGACUCAGGAGCCGAACUCUACACGUUCUCAGGAGCCUCCUUCUCUGGAGAGACCCUCCUCCCUUUCUUUCGUCUAUUGGAUAACAAAACCCACCUCAGGAUCUCCUGAGGAGACUAAAUCUGCCUCUCAGGCCCAGCAGGAGUUUCUCUCCAGACCAGAGUGACUGACAUAAAAACCAUUUACCCGCCAAGAGCAGGUUGGGCAGUUUUCCAAGGGCCCUUUGAGAGGAUUCAUUCCAGUCAAAACCAGCAGAAAUAACCAAACAAAAAUGGGUUGCUCUUGCUUUGCAUUUUCUUUCCUUUUCCCAGAAUUCCCUCUGCUGCUUCUUAAAGAGACAGUCACAUUUUUAGGAGUCCUAAUAAAUUUUCUCACCUUCAAUCUUGUUUUCAUUUUGAGAUGUCUGAUUUGGCAGAGGAUGAGACUCUUAAUCUCAGGGUUGUGGGUCUGAGCCCCACGUUGGGCAAAAGUUUCCUGCACUGCGGGGGGUGGGACUAGAUGACCUUCAGAGUCCCUCGCAACUCAGCAAUUCUAGGAAACCUUCCUCUCCCCACAAGACCUUAUGCAGCUGUGAAAAUGCAUGCAUCAUUGCAUUAAUAGAGAACUGAAAAAUAAGCCCCUUCACCCACAUCAUGCAGGAUAGCAUGGAGACCUAAGACAGGAAGAAAAAGAAAAAGACAUUGAACAGGGCAUCAGCUUCAAAUGCCCUCUGCAAAUACAGCCUCGCCAUCUCCACAUGUUGUCAGAAGUAAACCUUAUUGCAUUGAGUGGGGCUUCUGCCCAGUUACAUGUGUUUUGAGUGGAUGCAUUAACGUUCCUUAUUUACAGGCUGGAUUCUGUCUAUCGGGGGCAUCAAAUGAGGUGUCCUCUGGAUAAUGCUGGACUCCAACUCCCCUCUGACCCAUCCAGCAUGGCCAGGGGUCAGAGAGGGUGGGAGCUGCAGUCCGGCAGCUUCCAGAAGGGGCCCCAUGGGCUGUGCUGCCCUAUACGUUUCGCAGGGCACCUUCCUUGUGUUCCUCAGCCCCACCCCAAAUACACAGUGCUCCCCCAAGGAGCAUCAUUUCGGUAGCAGGUGCAUCUGAUUUCUCUCCUUAGAUACUAACAGCUGGAAUAACACAUGCCUGUGGAAUUGACCCCUCUCAAAGAUCAGGCAGGACUCACUCUGGCUCCACUAUCGGCACCACUGACUACUGACCAGUGCAGCCUGCUCUCCUUUCCCUGCGUUUCCCACAGGGUGGUGGCACAUGAUGGAAUAAAGACACCUCCCCCACACCAUUGACAUUUGUUGCAGCAGAUGCGCAGGUUUCUGUUUUUGUUUUAAAAUAAAUUAACUGUAAUGU